AUGACAGAUGAUACUGAGAAACCUAAAACAAGAGAUUCUAGACCUUCCUUUUCACUAGCAUCAGUUCCAGAAGAAUCCGAGGCUAAUAGUACUAUCAGUGAAUUGAUCAAAAGUACACCAUUGGCAGAUCCAAAUGCUGCUGCUGUUGAACCGACAAAUAUUAGUCAACAUCGUUCCCGUCGUCGAAGUAGUUUAUCAAUUCUCCAAGCAAUUGCUCCUUUUCAUUUACUCUCAACAAAGGAUGCUCGAAAAAGAAAUUUUCUUGUUGGAUCUUCACGACAAUUACCACAAAAUCCUAUGCAUGAUAUUUCUUCAUGUUUUCCAAAUGGACGAUCAUUAACAAUAAUGAUGGUUACAUGGAAUACAGGUGAAGCACCAAAAUUAUAUGAACAAAAUUAUACACCAACAGCUCGAGAAACAGCUCAACCAAAAGAACGUAUGCUUGAUGAUAUGUGUGAUAUAUUAUUACCAACAUUUAUUGAUUAUGUUUCUGAUGUAAUUAUUGUUUGUACACAAGAAAUGUCUGCAGUAAAAAAUAGAAUGGAUUGGGAAAUUUUACUUCAAGAAGUUAUUGGUCAAGCUCAUGUUUUAUUUCAUUCAGUUCAUUUUGGUACUUUAUCAUUGUGUAUAUUUUUACGAAGAGAUUUAAUUUGGUAUUGUACUGAACCUGAAGAAGAUAUAAUUAAAUUUCGAGCUAUGAAUGCUAUUCGUACAAAAGGUUCAUUAGUUGUAACUUUUAAUCUUUUUGGUACAUCAUUUAUGAUUAUUAAUUCACAUUUUGAAGCUGGUGAAGGUUCCGAAGGUCGAUCAAAUCGACGAUUAAAUUUUCAAAAUACACUAGCGAAAUUAACAAUACCAAAUGAAUAUGUUCAAAGAACUAUUGCACCAAGUAGAUCUCUAGCAUCUUUAGGUGAUGCAGAAGGUUUAAAACGUUCUGAAUCAACAGUGUCACUUGAUGACGUUCCAAAUACAGACGUAGAUAUAACAAAAGCAUGUGAUUGUAUUCUAUGGGCUGGUGAUAUGAAUUUUCGAAUUGAAAUGAAAUAUCAAGAAGCAUUAGAUCAUUGUAAUGGAAAAAAUUAUACUGAAAUUUUGCUUAACGAUGAAUUUCGUAUGUUACAACAGAAAACAGGUGAUCGAUAUUGUGACUUUAAAGAAGCGAAUAUUGAUUUUCCUCCGACAUAUAAAUUUGAUUUACGUUGUAAUGAUGAUACUUAUGUUAAAAAUCGGACACCAUCAUAUACAGAUCGUAUUCUUUAUCGAGAUAAACCAGAAUUACAAAUUCAAUGUACACAAUAUAAGUCUAUUGAAAGUGUAAAACAUUCGGAUCAUAAACCUGUUGUUGCUCAUUUUCGUCUUAAAGUUAAACCUGGUGUACAUCAAGGAAGUCCUUCAUAUGGAAAAUUUAAUUAUGAAGUUUACAAGCGUGGUUGUAUACAACGUGAACGACAUCAUUCAUUAGGUGUUGGUGUAGAAAAUAAACUAAAACCCCGAGCGCCUCUAAGUAAAAGUUCUGUUUGUGUACUUCAGUGA